AUGGGUGUAAUCAGCUUUGGGAAUCGCGUUUGCGGUUCCCUUUCUCGAAUGAUAUUUUCAGUCAUUUGCAUUUUAAUCCUAUGUACGUUGAAUACAAAUUGCAAAAGCGAGACAGUAGAAGGCCAGAAGAAAGACCUACUGUAUAAGUACAAGCUAUAUGGAGACAUAGACGAGUAUGCCUACUAUUUCCUGGACAUAGGAAUUGGUACCCCGGAGCAGAAAAUUUCCUUAAUCCUAGACACGGGUUCAUCCUCUUUGAGUUUUCCAUGCGCUGGAUGUAAGAAAUGUGGGGUUCACAUGGAAAAUCCCUUUAACCUAAAUAAUUCUAAAACAUCAUCCAUUCUCUAUUGUGAAAAUGAGAAGUGUCCUUAUAACCUGAAUUGUGUUAAUGGGAAAUGUGAGUACCUGCAGUCCUACUGUGAGGGUUCACAAAUCAGUGGAUUUUACUUCUCAGAUGUAGUUACCAUGACGUCGUACAGCAAUGAAAAGAUAAUUUUUAGGAAGCUUAUGGGGUGUCAUAUGCAUGAGGAGAGUCUCUUUCUAUAUCAGCAGGCGACUGGGGUUUUAGGGAUGAGUCUUUCCAAGCCGCAAGGCAUACCCACGUUUAUCAAUUCUCUGUUUGAGAAUGCCCCGCAACUGAAGGAGGUGUUCGCCAUUUGUAUCUCCGAAAAGGGUGGAGAACUCAUCGCGGGGGGGUAUGAUCUGGCCUACAUCGUGAGUAAAGAGAAGGAGAAGAAUGAGGAACCGAAGCAAGCCUCGCAAGGUGAACCUAAUAAACUGAACGGGGAUUCUCCACAGGGGGAAGACACAAAAUUGGCGGCAUUGAGCGAAGCAGAACAAAUUGUAUGGGAAAAUAUAACAAGGAAGUACUACUACUACAUAAGGCUGAGGGGCAUGGACCUAUUUGGAACAAACAUGAUGAGCUCAAGCAAGGGGCUAGAAAUGCUUGUAGAUUCAGGGAGUACAUUCACACACAUUCCAGAGGAUCUAUACAACAAAUUGAAUUUCUUCUUCGAUAUCCUGUGCAUUCAAGAUAUGAAUAAUUCCUUUGAUGUGAAUAAGAGGUUGAAAAUGAAAAACGAAUCUUUUAGUAAUCCUUUAGUUGAAUUUGAGGAUUUCAGGAAAUCCCUGAAAAGUAUCAUCGAGAAGGAGAACAUGUGUGUUAAAAUAGUAGAAGGAGUGCAGUGUUGGAAGUACCUGGAUGGGCUACCCGAUCUGUUUGUAACUCUAUCUAAUAAUUACAAAAUGAAGUGGCAACCACAUUCGUAUCUCUACAAGAAGGAAAACUUUUGGUGUAAGGGCAUAGAGAAACAGGUAAAUAAUAAGCCCAUAUUGGGAUUAACCUUUUUUAAAAACAGACAAGUUAUUUUUGACAUUCAGAAGAAUCGGAUCGGGUUUGUCGAUGCCAAUUGUCCUUAUCAUUCGACCAAUACGAGACCUAGGACUUAUAAUGAAUACAAAAGGAAGGACAACAUGUUUUUAAAAAUUCCUUUUUUCUACCUGUACAGCCUCUUUGUCUUCUGCGCCCUUUGUAUUUUACUAUCCCUUGUGUUUUACAUUAAGCGGCUUUACCAUAUGGAGUACAACCCGCUCGAGUCGUAG